UUUUCGUGUUCUUAACAUAGUAAGAAGUUCAUAAAUCUUGAACCCACAAUAAUUUCAAUACAAGCCCGCAAAUCCAUGUUUCCUAGCCCAAGUAAUUAGGUUAGACCUAGCAAAUGGAUUCAUAUAUAUAUAGACAUGUUAUGAACAAUAACAUGAAUCAAAGUAAUUUAGGGUUUUGACAAAAAAAAAAAAAAGUAAUUUAGGGUUGCCGUUUGAAAAAAAAAAACUCUUUUUCUUUAUCAUCUCUUCUUCAUAUAGCUUCAAAAAAAAUGAGAAAUCAUUCUACCUAUUGACUUGUACCUUAAAGCUUUGAUCUGGUGCUACAAUUUGGUAUCUUUAAGGUACAAGUCAAUUUGGCAGAAGAAAAAAAAUGUGCUUAGGGUUUACCAUCUUGAAUUUGGUGCAUUCAACCUCAUAAUGUUUUGGUUAAAAUGCCACUCUUUUUUUGUAAAUUUCAAUUGAUAUCGUAUUCAUCUUAUUGAUCUCCAAUUUAUUUAUAGUUAUUUGAUAAUAUUGCAUAGUUAUAUGAUUCUAUUGCUUAAACUCGGCUGAUAAUCAAUAUAUUUAGUCAGGUUUGGAUGGACUAGCGUAUAUCCAGAAAUAAUCUGGAUUAACAGAAGAAAAAGGAUUUUAUAGACAUGAUUUGGUUAAUAGUUAUUUGAUUUAUCAUUGAUUUUACUAGUAUGGAUAGUCUACACAACGACCAAUAUAUAGUUAUCCCACUCCUGAAGGUAACUUGUAAUUCUGAUUUCUAGCUAAAUCUUAUGGUAAUAAUUAAUAAUUAAUGUCAUCAUUUUACAAGCUUGUUUUUGGUUCUUCUCAGACGAAGUGGACCUAGACGAAUGUGACAAACUGACAAUAAGGUGGGACUUUAUGAAUGAAUAUAAGUCGUGAUAGUUACACGGCUAAUGUCACAAUCUUCAACUAUUUAAAAAAAGAAGACAUCGAAGGGCUAUGGGAAUUAGGGUGGAUAUGGUACGAAGACGAAAUUCUAUUGAGCACUGUGGGUGCUAAAGUUUCAAAACAAAGUAAUGUUUUGAAAUUUGUAGACUGCUGCAUGCAUAAGGUGACUUUUGUGGCCUUACCCCAACAUGGUAAAAACUCUUCUUCAUUCCAAAUUACUGUUGGCCAAGUUGGCAUAGAAUUUCAUCCUCCGCCACAAGACUUGAAGUUGACCACACACUGACACAAGGAUUGGAAUACGUAUGUGAUAAUUCGUUGACGGAAGUAAUGAAUACUCCGGGUUAUCUAAGUAAGUUCAUUUAUUUGUUGGCACAUCCUAUAACCUAUGUCUUACAUAAGCUUUUACUAUGUUCUUUUUAUUUUGUAGAUACGUGGAUGACGACGUGCAAUCUCUACGACCUUAAAAUGUUCCACGAGAUUCAUAACAAAGAAGAUCUAUGAGAUUUUGGGUGUCUUAUUUUUAUUUU